AUGAAUUAUUCAGCAAAUGAUCCAGAUGAUUUGGUACGAAAAAAAAUUGAUCUUAAUCAUAUUACAAAUAUGAGUUAUCAAAUGCAUGUACCCGAUUCAAUUACAGUUGGUCCUAAUCGAUCAUCUGUACCUCGUCUUCAUGUAGAUGAUGAUCGAUUACCUGUUCGUAUGGAAGUACCUAACAGUAUUCGACUUGCUGGUCAUUCCAAUGCGGAAAUGCCUCAUGGUACUGAUUUUUCAAAAGCUACUGAUCCACAUCGUUCAUCAAGUUCAACUACACAACAAACUUCAUUUCAUCCAUUAGAUGUUGAACCUUUGAAUGAUGAUGAUUAUACAAAAAUUGAUAGACCUGAUUAUAAUCAACAACAUCAACCAAUAAAAAUUGCUGAUUCAUGGCAUAUUGAACCAUUUACAGAACUUGAUGAUAAACAAGUAUUAAAUAAACUUCAAUUACUUCAAAAUCGUAUUCAUCGUAUUGAACGAACAUUGGCAAGACGAGAUUUUCGUGAUCGAUUUGUUUAUACUUUUAUUAUUGGCUAUAUUCUUCUUCAAGCUUUAUUUUCUGUUCGUCGUUCCAUGCUUAACUAA